AGCUCGUGCGUCAUGAUGUCAUGGCCGUGACUGUUUUAAGAGACGUCGGUGUGGACGGAGGGACGCCCCCGGCCUGCUGCAGAUAGCAAUUAUCUACCACACAGCGACUCUAACGGGACGCUGCACGUUUCAUACACCGAGUUCCUGGAUUUUCCGGAUCGUGUGGUGCUGAUGCAACAUGGAAAUCCUUAGCAGAAGGGUGAACAACCAGCUCGCAAGGACGUCUUUUUAGGACCAUGUCUGUUGAGAGAGUGGACUGUUUCCCCCAUGGAAACCAGCUUUGAGGGUGUCUGGGAAGUUUAUAAUCAGACUUGCAAAUCAAAAAGUGAUGCCAUCAGCACAUGGACAAAAUAACUUCAUCAUGGAAAAGCAGAAAUCAGUUGCUUCAACACAGCUGGGUGGAGAAUCAAGUACAUUUAUCUGCACUGAGUGUGGUGAUGGGUUCAGCCAGUACUCUAAUGUGUUGGCCCACAUGGCUAUUCAUGGACCUUUGGAGUCAUUCUCCUUUGAUGGCUCAUCAAAUGGAUUUGAAGUCCCCCGAGAAUAUGUGCUACAAGAAAAUGGCACACUGACAGUUGUGAAUGGCUUGGGGCAAUCACAUUCAUCUGUAAAACCAGUUUCUCCUGGAAUCCUGCCAUCACAUUACCCAUCCACUAUCAAACCAGUUUCUCCAAUUCUAAGACCACAGUCGUCUCCUUAUAAAGAUGUGUUCAGGCCAAGGCCCUCAGACUUGAACUCAGACAAGUCCCGUCAGGGCCAUUACCGUUGUGAAAUAUGUAGCAGAUCUUUUAACAGCCUUCAGAGUUUACAUCGUCACCAACAGUAUAGAAACACAGAGCGGGGUUACAAGUGUACUUUGUGUUGUAAGAUCUUUGAAGGUAGACAGGACCUUAAGAAACACCUCCAAGACCAUGCAAAUGAAAGCUUUCACUGCUGUGGUCAUUGUGGUAAGCGAUUCCUUAAAGUGGAUGCACUGAAUGCCCAUCAAAAAGAAAACCACCUUUUGCCUAAAACUACAGCAUUGGGUAAAUCUGAGAACAAACAGGAAAAAAAGUUGGAGAAAACAUAUCCCUGUAGGAAAUGCAAGUUAAAUUUUUUCUGGAUGUCAGAUUUUCAGGCACAUUCACUUUACCAUUGCAAGGGAAAAGAGCCUGAUGUUACUUUUGCCCCCGAAAUUGAAAUUGAAGUGAACUCUAAGAAUAUAGAGGACACACGACUUGAAAACUGCUAUAGCAAUGGCACAUCUAUUGAUGUGAAAAAUGGGGAUAGUGAAGUCUUUAGGGAUACUAGUGGUGAGAUUGAAACUGAUCACUCUUUUACACCAUACAGAUGUGGUUUAUGUGGGGAUCGUUUCCAAAAGUUAGCAGCUUUGAUGAAGCAUCACCUCACACAUCAGACUCAGGAGGAAAUAGAUAAGCUGAAUGAGGAAUCGGAGCGAAUUUUUAAGCGAAGAAUGCAGCCUAAAGGCAGGCGUAGAAGAGGGGGUAAUCCAAAUGGCAAAUUGCAUCCUUGCAAACACUGUCACCGUGUCUUUAAUCAUUCCAGUAGUUUGUCUCGACACAUGAGGUACCAUAAGGGUACUAUGCACACAUGUGUAUUUUGUGGUAGACAUUUUCCACAACGCUGUGAUUUGAGAAGGCAUAUAGCCAUGUACCACAAAGCUGAAUUAGAAAAGAAACCAGGUUUGAAACACUUGUACACAGCUCCACAAAAUGGGCCAACCCCCAAUUCUCUUAAUGGUGAGAAAAACACACUUUCUCCUGGUGAGAAAAAUGCAUUAUCUCCUGACGAAAAAAUCUCUGACAAUGAACUAACAUCAUCACCAGAGGAGAAUACAAAGGGGAAACAAUCUGGAAAAGCAGGCAGAGUUAACUACAAGUGUCAGGAAUGUGGAAAAAGAUUUGGGCUGCUAUGUGUGUACCAACGACACUUGCGCUAUCACAAAAAAGAACCUAGUAAGUGCCACAGGUGCCCAGCUCAAUUCAAGAAUUCUUCAUCUCUUGAGCUUCACCUUAGAAAUCACCCAAACACUGGAGAAGCAGGUGAUGUUGGACAAACGUGUCAUGGUACUGUUUCCAGUGGAGAUACUGCCCUAGAAAAGGCUAAUGCAGAGGACAUAGAGGAUGAUUAUAUGGACCAUACUCGAAAUAAUAAAAGAAAUUCUUCAGAGGUUCUUUAUGAAUGCACUGAGUGCACUGAGACAUUCUCAUGCUUGGAAACAUUUCUUCAGCACCAGACUUCUCAUGGCUCAGAAAACAACGGGUAACUAUCAUGUCAGACCCAUUUAUUAUUGCUAUUGCCAACAAUCAAGCUCUCAGAAAUUGAGUGUUUUUGACUCUUUUGGAUGAAAAUAUUUGAUGGUAUUGUGAAUUGAUGUAAAGUUUGUAACUACUUUUUAUACAAUUUUCUUUGGCAUGGGGAAGAAACAUUUUGUUUCUAUAAUGUUUAGUGGUGAAAUUCAGAAACCUGUUGGAACUAGGAGGUAAGGUUUGGUGGAGAGCGUACCAAAUUACUAUUGGAAUAAAUGACCAUGAAAUGAGACAACUUCAACAUAGGUCUGACAGGCAUAAAACUCAAGUUUAGUAUUUAGUAUUCUCAAACAGGCUACAGUUAACUUAAUGUCCAACAAAUUGUUGACUAGCUAGCAUAGCAUUUUUUUGUGGCUUCCCAUGUUGUCUUGCCAAUCAUAUUGCUGAAUUUUUCAUUGUUUUACUUGCAAAUAAGUGAUAUGGACAUUUUCUUUAAUAUGUGGUCUGUAUAUAUCUUCUUUGUUGAAAUUAUAGCAUUGUCACUGAGUAGCUUUUUAAUUGUGCCAUUAAAAUUGUACAGAGAAACUUUGUGCUAUCAGUUUGGCUUUGACUUCAUUUUUGCUGCUAUUUUGCAGUUAAAAAAACAAAACAUCCCCUAUAUUUGUGUUCCUUUUUACAUAGUAGUUUAAAUGUUUUUCACAAUUUUAUGGACAUUAGUACAGCAAGUUAAUGGUAACUUUCCUGUGAGGAAUGCUUGCCUUAAG